CAUUUGUGUCUUUGCGAACGCCGUUAAGCGUAGAGCGGCAUAAUUUCUGUCCAGGUGUUUUUGAAAUUAAAAUAUUGUUUGGAAGUUAAAAACCAAAAUUAGAGCACGAUAAAUGAAUAAUUAAAGACGAAAACAGCCGCAGUGACCUAGAGAUAGUGUAAAUUGAGACGCAGAUUAAAGGACGAAAAUUGCACGCAUUAUUAUUAAAAAUGGCGCCAACAAAGAAUACCCGUGCAGUUUCUAAACAAGCUGUAACGACAACUAUGAACUCAUUGUUACCUCAGCCACGGAAAACACUUAAUAGGCGAGGCACAAUCAAUGUCCAGGAUCAAAAUGUUGAUAUAAUCCAGACGCGCGGCAAACGUAAAGCCGAACAUAGUCCGGCUAAAAAUGAAAAAGUUAAGCGAUCAGCGCUUGGUAAUCUCACAAACAACGUUAAAUUAACAACAAUGACGACGAGUAAAUUGCAUACUGAAGAAAACUUAAAGCCAAACCAAAAUUUGACAAAGAGAAAAGAAACGCACAUUAUUGGGACACAUGCGCAAGUGCUUAAAGAAACGCAAAACAUUAUCGGAAAUGUGGACUUGUGUGAACGUAAUAUUUCGCAAAAGAAAAUGGCAACUAGGGCGAGUACGCGAAAUGCUACCAUAUCCAAAUCAACGAUUGCCAAAUUUCUGGUAGAUAAUUAUGCAAAGCCUAAACCGAAGAUUGAACCCAUACCAUCACCGCCAACUCUAAGAUUGCCUGUUUUGGCUCCACCCUCUCCAGUAUUAGCCACAGUGCCAAUAAAACCAUCUCUGCCCAAUAAGCCAGUACGAAGAAUUUCGAAUGAAUUCAAUAAAACUGAAGAAAGCUUGUACAUGUCGGCACUCGAAGAUAUUUCCAGUUCCGAGUCAAUUCGUUUAUCUGGUAAUUUCGAGGCUGCAAAGCGGCGUUCGGCAUUACUAUUACAAGAGAAGAAGAAAAUUGAAGGUACACCCGAUAAAGAAAUUGGUGAUAAACCGCCGCCUACAUCGGUGCCGGUAGGCGUUGAAGAUUUUGACAAGGCUAACUGGAAUGAUAUCUUUCAAGUAUCUCACUAUGCCAUGGAUAUUUUUAAUUAUAUGAAAUCACGAGAGGAAGAGUUUCCUGUAACAGAUUAUAUGGAAAAACAAAUACAUUUGACCAAAUGGAUGCGCACAUUAUUAGUUGACUGGAUGGUCGAAGUGCAAGAGACGUUCGAAUUGAAUCAUGAAACACUCUAUUUGGCGGUAAAAAUUGUGGAUCUCUUCUUAUGUCGCGUUAUUAUCAAUAAGGAUGUACUGCAGUUGCUUGGUGCAUCUGCACUUUUUAUCGCAUGCAAAUUCGAUGAACGAACACCGCCCUUAAUAGAGGAUUUCCUUUAUAUAUGUGACGGCGCGUAUAAACACAAUGAAUUAAUACGUAUGGAAAUGACGACACUUCGAACUAUAAAUUAUGAUCUGGGCAUACCGUUGUCAUAUCGAUUUUUACGACGUUACGCCCGUUGCGCCAAAGUUUCAAUGCCAACGCUCACAUUAGCACGUUAUAUUUUAGAAUUGUCACUAAUGGAUUAUGCAACUAUUCAGUUUAGCGAUUCAAAACUUGCAUGUGCAGCUUUGUUUAUGGCUUUGCGCUUAGAUGGCGAUACAAAUCCCUGGACAUUGACGCUGGAAUACUAUACUGGAUAUUUGUUGACUGAUUUCGCUGAAAUCGUACCCAUUUUAAAUGCUACAUUGCAUCGCAAACCUAAAGUAAAGACAAUACGUAGUAAAUAUUCACAUAAAAUAUUCCAUGAAGUUGCCAAAGUCCCACUACUUACCACUGAAGAACUCUUUGAGAACAUUUUAGACCUAAAUAUUAGCAUAAAACUUGAUGAAUCUAAUAGUUCGUAAAAUAUAUAUUUAGCUAACUUAGUUGAAGACUUAUUCAUUUCAUAAUUACCAGUAAACAACCCAAAUCACGACAUACUGAGCAUUUAAUAAACGUCAACUCCAUUAUAUAUAUAAAACAUUACCAACCUCACACAUAAUACUUUUAGAUUUAAGCAACAUCGAUAUUAAAUUAGUUUAUAUAUUUUUGUUUUGUCUUUUAAGUUAUUUUAAUAAUGAAACUGAACAUUUGAUAAAAACAUUGCAUUUGCAGUUUGUAGUUUGUAUUUCGUUAUAAUUUUAUUAUGCAAUCAACAAAAAAAAAAAACUGCGCGUAAUGCAAUUUUCGCGCUGUCAUAGUAAAAAAACGCAUAAUGACAUUUUAUUUUAUUAUUUAAACAUAUUUCAGAAAUUAUAUUUUAUGUAGUCAUUUAGUUGCACAGCUAAGCCUGCACGUGACCAAUAUGGCUCACUACAAAAAUGAGGACUGACGGAAUUCUACACCUAACUUAAGGAACAUACUACAUACGCAAAGGGAUAACCUACGCAUUUCCAUUGCCAUAGCAAAAGCAAUUCAACUUUGUAAACUUACUCUAUCAGAACUAUGUAAAUUUUAAUAAAGAAACUGCAAAAAGCCA